GUAGAUAUAGACUGAAAGCAAAUAUCCCUGCGUCUGAUUGUCUGGUCCCUAUUUGGAGGGUUGCAGAUGAUGGUUGUUAUGGGGGUAUUGUUUUUCCCUCGACAAAAAUACUAGCUUUUAAGCAGUAAGCACAGACUUUAAUUAAAUUAAAAAAAAAAAAAAAAAAGAAUCCAGAGCAGAGAAAAGAGAGAAAUUAUGAGUGGGGAAGAAAAGGUGGUAUGUGUAACAGGAGCAUCAGGUUACAUUGCAUCAUGGCUGGUGAAGCUUUUACUAGAACGUGGAUUCAGUGUCAAAGCCUCUGUCCGUGAUCUAGAUGAUCCAAGGAAAACAGAACACUUGCUCUCACUUGAGGGAGCUAAGGAAAGACUUCAUUUGCUGAGAGCAGAUUUAUUCGAAGAAGGAGCUUUUGAUGCUUUAGUUGAGGGAUGUGAAGGUGUUUUUCAUACUGCAUCCCCUAUUGCCUUUUCAGCCAACGAUCCAGAGGCAGAAUUAAUUGAACCUGCAGUGAAGGGAACGCUAAAUGUUCUGAGAUCAUGUGUAAAAGUUCCUUCUAUAAAGAGAGUGGUUAUAACAUCUUCCACAGCUUCAAUUUGGUACAACGGAAAACCUCUCAACUCCGAUGUGGUAGUAGAUGAGACAUGGUUUUCAGAUCCUGUAUAUUGUGAGCAAAAUAAGCUCUGGUAUAUACUUUCAAAAACUUUAGCUGAAAAGGCUGCUUGGCAAUUUGCAAAAGAAAAUGGUAUUGACUUGGUGACCAUACAUCCUGGGAUUUCUAUUGGUCCUCUUUUACAGCCAACUCUUAAUGUUUCGUCAGAGAUUUUUAUGAAUUUCAUUAAAGGACGAGCUCAAAAAUUUCCCUUUCCAGCUUAUACAUUCAUUGAUGUUCGAGAUGUUGCAUUCGCACACAUUCAAGCAUUCGAGGUUCCAUCGGCCAGUGGACGAUAUUGUUUAGUAGGAAAUGUUUUGAACAGUUAUGAGACCUUGAAGAUUUUAAAAGAACUCUACCCUGCUUCAAGCCUUCCUGAAGAGUGUGAAGAUGAGAAGGCCUUGUUGCCAAAACACCAAGUAUCAAAGGAGAAAGCAAAAAGUUUGGGUGUUAACUUCACUCCUCUGGAAGUGAGUUUUAGGGACACUGUGGAAAGCCUAAAGGAGAAGGGUUUUAUUGACAUUUAGAUAAUUAUCUCAUAGAAAAAGAUCUUAGGAGGAAAGAUAAUUAUAGAUAAGCCGCAUAAAUCUACCCUUUUGUUCAUUAUCCUCAACCUUAUGUAAUUAAGUUAACUACAUAUACAAGCUUUUUAUAUAUGCCAUAAUCAAUAUUCUAAAAUAUUCUAAAAGGCGUAAGGCGUCGUAAGGCGGCAAGGUCAAACCUUAACCCUUACAAGUAUAGACGUGCCUAGGAGUGUUUCAUAAUUAUAUUAUUAUUUUAAUUAUUAUAAUGCUGUUAAAUGAACAAAAUAAUUUAUC